AUGUCUCGGUACCCCAACCUACAUCCUCAAGACGGCAAAGACGUGGAUAAAGAUAAAGACAAAGACGAGGAUAAAGAUAAAGACAAAGACGUGGAUAAAGAUAAAGACAAAGACGAGGAUAAAGAUAAAGACAAAGACGAGGAUAAAGAUAAAGACAAAGACGAGGAUAAAGACAAAGACGAGGAUAAAGAUAAAGACAAAGACGAGGAUAAAGAUAAAGACAAAGACGAGGAUAAAGAUAAAGACAAAGACGUGGAUAAAGAUAAAGACAAAGACGAGGAUAAAGAUAAAGACAAAGAUGAGGAUAAAGAUAAAGACAAAGACGAGGAUAAAGAUAAAGACAAAGACGAGGAUAAAGAUAAAGACAAAGACGAGGAUAAAGAUAAAGACAAAGACGUGGAUAAAGAUAAAGACAAAGACGAGGAUAAAGAUAAAGACAAAGACGUGGAUAAAGAUAAAGACAAAGACGUGGAUAAAGAUAAAGACAAAGACGAGGAUAAAGAUAAAGACAAAGACGAGGAUAAAGAUAAAGACAAAGACGUGGAUAAAGAUAAAGACAAAGACGUGGAUAAAGAUAAAGACAAAGACGAGGAUAAAGAUAAAGACAAAGACGAGGAUAAAGAUAAAGACAAAGACGUGGAUAAAGAUAAAGACAAAGACGAGGAUGAAGAUAAAGACAAAGACGUGGAUAAAGAUAAAGACAAAGACGAGGAUAAAGAUAAAGACAAAGACGUGGAUAAAGAUAAAGACAAAGACGUGGAUAACGAUAAAGACAAAGAUGUGGAUAAAGAUAAAGACAAAGACGUGGAUAAAGAUAAAGACAAAGACGAGGAUAAAGAUAAAGACAAAGACGAGGAUAAAGAUAAAGACAAAGACGAGGAUAAAGAUAAAGACAAAGACGUGGAUAAAGAUCAAGACAAAGUCGUGGAUAAAGAUAAAGACAAAGACGAGGAUAAAGAUAAAGACAAAGACGAGGAUAAAGAUAAAGACAAAGACGAGGAUAAAGAUAAAGACAAAGACGAGGAUAAAGAUAAAGACAAAGACGAUAAAGAUAAACACAAAGACGUGGAUAAAGAUCAAGACAAAGUCGUGGAUAAAGAUAAAGACAAAGACGAGGAUAAAGAUAAAGACAAAGACGAGGAUAAAGAUAAAGACAAAGACGAGGGUAAAGAUAAAGACAAAGACGAGGAUAAAGAUAAAGACAAAGACGAGGAUAAAGAUAAAGACAAAGACGUGGAUAAAGAUAAAGACAAAGACGAGGAUAAAGAUAAAGACAAAGACGAGGAUAAAGAUAAAGACAAAGACGUGGAUAAAGACAAAGACAAAGACGAGGAUAAAGAUAAAGACAAAGACGAGGAUAAAGAUAAAGACAAAGACGAGGAUAAAGACAAAGACGAGGAUAAAGAUAAAGACAAAGACGAGGAUAAAGAUAAAGACAAAGACGUGGAUAAAGAUAAAGACAAAGACGUGGAUAAAGAUAAAGACAAAGACGAGGAUAAAGACAAAGACAAAGACGUGGAUAAAGACAAAGACAAAGACGAGGAUGCUCCAGUGCUGCGUUUCCGUCCAGUAGCGGUGUCACCCAGAAUCCGGACAAGCUAG